AUGUUGAGUCGGGGAAGAGACAAUGCAUUUGUGAUCGUAACAACUCUAUUUGCAUACCUAUUGAUGAGAUCCGAUAUCGCUUGUGCAACCACUCAUAUGGUGGGUGAAGAAAACGGUUGGGCCUUCGACGUGGUGGAUUGGCCGAAAGGAAAGAGUUUUCAAGCUGGAGAUGUUCUUGCUUUCAAUUACAAUCCAAUGUAUCACAAUGUGGUGGGUGUGAAUCAGGAUGAAUAUGACACGUGUAACCCAUCUAUUGGCUCUAAACUCUACACUUCUGGGAAUGAACUCAUUACUCUUGUCAAGGGACCAAAUUAUUUUAUUUGCUCUUUUCCUGGCCAUUGUGAAUCUAACAUGAAGAUUGCUGUUAUUGGACUCUAA